AUGUUGGCUUUGUAUUUCAUUCUACUCGUUUGCGUGCCCUUGGCCGUCCUCAUGACAAUUACGGCUCCCCGACUAGCCAUCACUGUUGCCGUUACUCAGCCGGCUUUCUUAGUUAUACAAAAUUCCAAUAAUACCGUAAUAACUUCUCAGCCACUAGAUCACGAUGAUUCUCUCCUUCGCCAAGCUUCUAAAGUAGACCCAAACCCACCACCUAAACUACCUAAAAAACUCGCUUUCAUGUUCUUGACAACAACUUCUCUUCCUUUGGCACCGGUUUGGGAGCUUUUCUUCAACCAAACCUCUCAUCACAAGUCUCUCUACAAUGUCUACGUCCAUGUAGACCCGACUCAAAAACACGAACCGGGUUUGUUCGGCACGUUUCAUAACCGGAUCAUACCAUCCUCAAAACCGGCUUACCGGCACACUCCGACACUCAUCUCCGCCGCGCGUCGUUUACUCGCUCACGCGCUUCUCGAUGACCCGUCAAACUACAUGUUCAUCCUUCUCUCUCCUUCUUGCAUUCCACUUCAUAACUUCAACUUUACCUACAAAACACUUGUCUCCUCCACAAAGAGCUUCAUCGAAAUCCUCAAGAACGAGCCGGGCUGGUACGAUAGGUGGGCGGCUCGUGGACCUUACGCGAUGCUCCCUGAGGUUCCACCGGAGGAGUUUCGUAUAGGCUCACAGUUCUGGACAUUGACACGAGCCCAUGCAAAGAUGGUGGUGAGUGACGUGGAGAUAUGGUCCAAGUUCAACAAGCCUUGCGUAAGAAAAGACACGUGUUACCCUGAGGAGCAUUACUUCCCGACUCUCCUACACAAGCGGGACCCACAAGGGUGUGUCUCCGCUACGCUCACGCACGUUGAUUGGAGCGUCAGCGACCAUGGUCAUCCCCGAACGUAUAAACCUUCGGAGGUUGGGGCUGAGCUUAUACAGAAGCUGAGAAGCGCACGGCCUAGGUACGGAGACGGGGACAGAACGAGACAAGACCCGUUUCUGUUCGCUCGAAAAUUCUCUCCGGCGGGGAUUAGUCCGCUGGUGAACAUAGCUCGAAACGUCAUCUUGAUUUGA